CCUCACAUCCAAAAACCUACCCAUCAACUUUAAAUGUACUCAAUGACUUAACAUCUACAGGUAUUAGAAGAAUUCUAAAGGAAUAAACUUGUCAGAUCUAAAUGUCCAACUCUUAUUCUGAGACUGUGCAACCUAAUUCUAGACUCUCCUGUGUGAGGGAACAGCCUCUUCUUAACCUAAUUUUCAAUGAGGAGACAGAAGGUGAUCUAAUUCUAUUCUUUUAAGCUUUAGUACAUAGACCAAUUCUUGUCAUCCCCCUCCCAACUCACUCCUCUGGAGUCAAAUCUCUCAUCCCUGGCUUCAACGCAGUGAAUCCACAAUGCAUCAACUUCUAAUAAGGUUUACCCUUCCUUAAGGAGAUCAAAGUUCCACACUCCAGUUGUACCUCCACAGUGCAGCAAAACAUUCUUAGUCUUAUAGUCCAAAUGGAUUGUAAUAAAUGUUAGACCCAGUGAGUUUUUCUGCAAAGUAUUUUUUAAACUGUGGAGAAAUCUUAACGAGUUGCUAUAUAAAAAGUUAUUAUCACAUGUUAAAUCUGUAUCUCCUAGAUUACUGAAUUUUCUGCCAACUUUUUUCCUCACCAAAAGCAAUGCAUCACUCCACGCUGCAAUUCCAGAAAACUUCUGCGCAUCUAGUCAUCCCAAUCCUCCAAUACUGCAGGGGGCAGCACCACCUCAGAGUGGCACAUCUAAAUCCCAUCUUGACCUAUCGACACUCCUCAUCGCGCACCGCCUUCGGACAGCCGAGUUUCGUUGACUGGAGCGGCUCUCCGAUUGGUCGGAGCAGCCUGUCAGUCACCAUCUCCGCGCCCUCCUCUCCCCGCCUGCUUUUAGCGCGAGUUCCUUCCUGUUGUUAAAAAGUUCCUGAAGCUCCGGACAACCGCCGCUGCAUUCCCCUCACUCUCAGAAAGAAUAAAGCAAUAAGCAUUCAAUUAUUAAUAAAAAAUAAAAAUUAUAAAGGCGAUUAAAACAGAAAAUCGAUGGCGAUUUGACACGCACGACCGUCCCACCGGCCGCAGCUGGCGACGGGGCAGCGCGAGCGAGGCCGGCGCCUCCUGGAACCUUCCAGAGCCCAAUGACCGUUACUCUUAAAGGCGCAGACCACCCUGCCCGGCUCCCAAAACAACUGGAUUUAAAUCUUAAACAAAAAUAAACACACUCACUAUAUAUUUUUAAAUAAACACUCUUCCACCAAAAUAAUAUUUUCCUCGCAUUGCCCUUUGCACACCGCUUGGAAACUGGACCCUUUCAGCAGUGGCCUCGGAGCGGACAAUGCCUGGGCAGCAGCCGCAGAGAGACAAAGAAAAGGACGAGGAGAAGGCUGAUGAGGAAAUGGAGCAGGAUUCCCCAGAGAAUGAGGAAAGCUCGGAUGAAGACAGUGCCAGUACCUCCGCAUCUGAGGAGGAGGGCGAGGACAGCUCAGAGAUGGACGAUGAGGACUGUGAGCGACGUCGCACUGAAUGCUUGGAUGAGAUGUCAGACCUGGAGAAGCAGUUCACGGAUCUGAAAGAACAACUGUACAAAGAGAGACUGAGCCAGGUGGAAGCCAAACUGGACGAGGUGAUCGCAGGGAAAGCAACUGAGUACUUGGAGCCCCUGGCUGUCCUGCAGAAGAACAUGAAAAUCAGAACUGAGGUAGCAGGUAAUGGAGGUGUAUAUAAAGAUCUGUGUUCGGAGGUAAUCAGAAAUAGGUACGAGUGUGAACUGCAAGGAGCUCGGCAACAUCUGGAGAGUGAGAAGCUGCUGUUGUUUGAUAAUAUGCAGAAUGAGCUGUUGGAAAGAAUUCAGCGACUGGAGGAGGACAAGCAAAGUAUAGACAUCACCUCUGAAUGGUGGAAUGAGGAGGUUCGGGGGAAACGGAACAAGAAGAAGAGUGACACGUUGAAACCAGAAAAGAAGAAGAAGGCAGCGACUGUGUCUGGUCCUUAUAUUGUAUACAUGUUACGAGAUAUUGAUAUUUUGGAGGACUGGGCUGCUAUCAAAAAGGCGAAAGCAGUCAUCAGUCAGCAAAAAAGAAAAUCAGAUGGUGCAGGUUCUGAAGCAACCCACGGUAAGAAGGCCAAAGUUUCGGCACAGCUCUUAAGUGACUCAGUGCUGCCUAAACAGGAGAAGCAUUUAUACAUGGCCAAGUGCGAAGAUGGCAGACUGUUCUACGAGGGAGACUGGUACACCAAAGGGCAGAGCAUUGUACUGGAGAUGAAGGAUGAAACGCCCUCACAUGCAAUGAUCACGGCUGUCAGCACGGGAGAGGUCUGGCUCCGCCGUUCAGAUGGCAGCAAAACCAAGUUGUACGUCAGCCAGCUUCAGAAAGGGAAAUACUCCAUCCACAAGGCAUGAACUUUGACACUAACCUAUCGGAGCCCUAAG